UGUAAACAACUUAGUAAAAUAUGAACGAAUUCUGUUUAUGAAAUUACUUGCUUUAAUAUUACAGCAUCAAAUAUUAUUACAUUUGUUUUCUGUUCUCGCAUGACAUAGCAGCUUUUUGUCAACAUGGGAUAUGAAAUUCUGCUUUACAUUCCAAAUUUAAUUGGCUAUGCCAGGCUAAGUCUAUUGGUGGCAAGUCUUGUGUAUUUUGAAAGGCCUUGGAUCUUCCUCUGUCUGUAUGCAGUCUCGGUCAGCCUUGAUGCUGUGGAUGGAAUCGCUGCAAGGGCUUUGAAACAAACAUCAGCAUUCGGAGCUUGGUUUGAUGUUUUGAUAGACCUGAUAAGCCGAGGAGCUCUCUGGUGUUUUCUCUCCAAGUGGGGCUACUUCAUGAUGAUGAUAGAAUGGCUGACGUUCGUCUGUACACAUGCUCGAGGACCAGGCUGGAAAAUACCCAAGGAAGACUUUCCUGCCAUCUGUAAAAUGGUCAUGGCCAAUGGUUUCAAAACUCCCAUUGGUACUUAUACUAUCACAGGAAUAUUUGUCCUGCCCCUGUGGUUGUAUGGUAUGACCUCUGGUUUCCUUAGUGAUAACUUUGGCCUUGACCUUACUAUACAGUAUGUUGUCAUGGUGAUUCUGUGUGGUGGAAGAGUGCUGGGACUGAUAACAGAGGUAUGUCAUCUAAAAUGUGUUGGAAAUCAUGAUAGAGAUAUGACAUUUCACUCAUCAAAAUUUUGGAGAUGGCUGACAUUUGAAUAGUUUGAAUAGCAGAAAAGUAGGUCAAGUGUUAUUGUUCUCCACCUGGUACAAAAGAAGACCUGCUUUUAAUAUGUAAAGGCAGAUUCUUAUAGCUUGUCAUAAGAUUUAUCAGUACUUGUUUAUAACCAGAAAAUUUACUCUCGGCUUACAACUGUCUUAACAGCAGACAAUCCAUUACCUGGUAUUCACAGAAGUCUUAUUUGGUUGUGUUUUUAUUUAUAAGUUUAAACUACAUUGUAUCUUAAUUAAAUGUUACUGUAAUGUAAGGCGUGACAAGACAAUGAUAAGCUAAUACGUUUAAAAGCAUUCAUAUUAACUUAACCUAUCUCAGACACCAGCUCUUCACGUCAGGAAAACUGUUUGUUUGACCAUAUAUUACAAACCUCGUUUGUGUCACCUGGUAGCAUGGCAGACACAUUGGGAUCUUGUUGUCCAGCUGCGUUGUCCGAGUCCAAGAAAACACACAUUAAAUUUGCUUUCUAACUAAGUCAUUCCUUCUCCAAUCUUUACAAAACUUGGCAGCAAUACUUAAUGGCCUUAUAUCUCGACUUAGUUUGAUUUGUCAAAAAUCAUUAGAUUUUCGGAAUUCUAGUUUUAUGAUAAUUUCAAGUUUCCAAGGCGGUACCUAACAAUCCUUGAUAAACACACCUAGUUUUUAGUAUAGUAUAUAAUACAUAAUAUAUAAUACUAUGUUCUAUGUUGUUUGUGGAGUUUUGUCCUGUUGUUCCAUGUUUCUUGUUUGUGAUUGUUAGUUUUUGUGUUCUAUGUCUUUAGCGUUUACCCUGUGCCAUUAAACUGGGUUUAUGUUUAAACGUUUGGCUACUGAGCUUGUUUCUGUAGUUUUUCAUAUAAAUAUUAGUUAAACUUUUUCUUUCAGCUGUUUUACAUCAAAGAACAUGUGAAAGGGCUACUGAUGGAAGAUUCUCUGAAACCUUCCAAGGGAUAAUUAAAAGUAACCGUUCCCCAUAGAAUCAUCUGGACUGUUAAAUACCAAAGUUCACCUUUUGUUGAUUUUUAUUUUUGUAUUUUUACAAUCCAAUCGUUAACAGAUUUUGGACAUUUUUAGCGUAGAAGAUAAAUCUGGUGAAGAGCAAUGUAAAGCAAUUUAUAUUAACUUGUCUGUUUUUCAGAGAAGAAAGUUGACAUAGGCUUGAUGUCGUUGUUAUUGUAGGCAUCUUGGACACAACACAAAGAACGCUUAAGAUGUUCAAGUACACAUUCUCAGGAAAAGUGCGAAAACGCCCACAUAUGUAAAAUGUGUAUCCAGUGUAUUGAUAUACAUGUCUUCCAGAUUAGUUUAUAUUGAUUGAUAAAAGGCUGCAUAGGGGUGUGUAUGCCAAUAACAUAUCUAUCAACAGAUAUUAAGUCAGAAUGAAUUCAUUUGAAAGAGAAAACAGUGGAAUAGAUGAAAAGACAUUAGUAUUUGUAUACAUGUAAAAACACAAUCAUUUUAAAUUGAUCUUCUAAAAGUAUUUGUGUUGGCACUUUUAAGCUUGCAACCAAAACUGUCAAAUGAAAACUUGGUACACAUGUUGCCUGAGACAAUAUGCACAUAUACAACAAUUUCCAUAACUUUUGCCAGAAUAUGUUUUGAGGUAUGCCCCUUUGUCUUACGUAAAAAAACAGAUGAGGGUUGGCAUUCGUUUUAAAGCACUCAUAAUGAAAAGGUUGAUAUACAUGACACACUGUGUUUUUAUAAUCAAAUUUUGUUGAUAUUUACUUUUAAUACAGGGUUUGUUGGGUGGUGGGAGAUCUUUUGUUAUUGUUUAUUGUUAAGAAAUCAUUUAUUUGAUAAUUUCAUGUGAUGUUUUUUUACACUCCAUUCCAUGCCAUAUACAUGAAUAGAUAUAUAUGUUUAUAUCUCGAAGUGUUUAUAUUUUGAAGUGCAAUUUUUAUUAUAUAAUCAAAAUGAUAUUAAUAUUAUUACAUUUGUAUAUGUUAUGAUAUUAAGAAAAAAACACAAAAGUAUACUUAGAAUGUAUCCAAGAUAUAUCAGAUUAUGUGUUUUUGUCAUAUUUGUUACUGUCUCACAGAUGUUGAUUUUGGAACAAGAGGAUGUGUAGGGGCAGUAAUUCAUAACCAUUGGACUGUAAAAUUUAUUUGACCAAUGAACUAAAUGGAAUCACUAAGGCAUAUCUAAAAAUAAGGAUAAGAGUUCAAUUGAAUACUUCCCCGGGGGGCCAUUUUCAAUAUCUCUCUUAUUAUUGUCUGUGGACACGCAUCAGUGAUUCCAUUCUGUCUAUGGCCAGUUAUUUUUACAGUCCAAUUAAAACUCUUGAAUUCAAAUCUUAAAAUUAAGUAAAAUCUAACGUGGUUAUUGAAUGCAACCCCUGAUAUUAUUCUUCAAAGUGAAAUAAUACAAAUUCAUGACAAGACUUAAUAGUUCUUGAGUUUUUUCUGUAAGGUUGUAAAUUGUUAUUUAUGAGAGUUAUUCAUUGAAUAUAAAUUUGUUUUCUUUAUUUAAUCUAUAUUUUCGAUAUUGACUUAUUACGUUGACAUACUGACAGCCUACUAUUUAGUUUAAAAAUGAAAAUCAGUUAAAGAAGAUUUAGUAAUUUUUAAUCAUGCAUUUUUAAAUACAUGUAUAAUGAUUGAAUACAUUUAUUUCAUGUCUUUUUAUUGUAUGAACACAAUAGGGCAAGCUUGCAAAUUUAAAAUGAAAAGCAUAAGUGCGUUCAUUGAUUCGCAAUCUUGUGUUACCAACAUUUAAUUAACCACGAGAUAAAAUUAAUCAACAAUUGAAUUGAUUGACAGUUAUUCUUUUGAACUUUUUGUCUAUGAAUUUUAUGAUAUACGGUCGAAACCUGUUGGCUGGAUAUCCCAUGGACCUGCUAUAAUACUUGGAGCCUCGCAAAUAUCAAGCCAAACAGUAAUGCUUACAAAGAGUUAAUCAACAUAGGUCCUUUACAUCCAGUUAAAGCCAACAACGAAAUCAAGCCAAGCCAUAUCAAGCCAACAGGUUUUGACUGGGGUUAAAACACAUUGGUUUGACAAACCCAGUGGACAGCAACAUAAUUGUGAACAAUCAGAAAGUUUUUGUGUAACAACCUUAACUUUGCUACAUGUUUACAUUAUUCCAGGACGUCAGGAAAUACCAUGCCUUUUGUAUUCUUAUUCUUUUUUUUGUUGUUGUUCAUCAGGGUUUAAAUAAUGGUAUUAUGGUUUGGGCUAUUUUGUUUAAAUCUUUUAGAUUUAUUCAAAAAUUAUUGUAUUGGUUUAGAACUUGAGUUUUCAAAGAUAAUGUUUAGCUCAAUACAAUAUCAGGAAUUUCAGGACAUAUGCCCAGAUAUUAUGAAUUCCAUUACCGGUACAUAUUUUCCAUACAUCAUGAAUUCCACAACAUAUUUUUGAGACAUUGUGAUUCCAUGACAUAUUUUCAAGAAAUCAUAAAUUCCAUGACAUGUAUUUGAGACUUUUUGAUUCCAUGACAUUGAUUUCAUGACAUGUAUUUGAGACUUUUUGAUUUCAUGACAUUGACUCCAUGACAUGUAUUUGAGACUUUUUUGAUUCCAUGACAAUGAUUCCAGACAUAUGGAUUCCAUGACAUACAUUUGAAACAUUGUGAUUCCAUGACAUAUUUUCCAGACAUAUGGAUUCCAUGACAUACAUUUGAAACAUUGUGAUUCCAUGACAUAUUUUCCAGACAUAUGGAUUCCAUGACAUACAUUUGAAACAUUGUGAUUCCAUGACAUAUUUUCCAGACAUAUGGAUGCCAUGACAUACAUUUGAAAUAUUGUGAUUCCAUGACAUAUUUUCCAGCCAUUGUGAUAGCUUAUUGAUAAUUGACGCUUGUUGUACAUUUAUUUGGAUUUUUAUAUUUUGCAUGUAAAAUGGAAUUUGAUUAUU